AGAAAGGAAGAGGAUGGAGAAUGGGGCAGCGGAGAGAUGGGGUUUCCGGGGAAACCAAGUGUUGCACAAAGCAUCCUCCAUCACCGUGAGGGGAGUUCUGGGCAAAGUUAUAUCUAAUCUUAAUCCACAAGAUCGCAGACCUGUUAUUACUCUUGGACAAGGUGACCCAUCUGCCUUUUCCUCCUUCCGGACCUCUCCGGAGGCCGAAGAGGCCAUUGUCGACGCCGUCCGGUCCCGGAAAUUCAACUCCUAUUCCCCCGACGUCGGCGUUCUUACAGCGAGGAGGGCUAUAGCGGAAUAUCUCUCUGCUGAUCUUCCAUACAAGCUAUCCCCAGAUGAUGUUUAUCUCACAAUUGGAUGUGCACAAGCAAUUAAACUCAUAAUAAAGGUCCUUGCUCUCCCCGGUGCCAACAUUCUUCUCCCAAGACCUGGUUAUGCGUUAUAUGAAGCUCAUGCUGCAGCUAACCAUCUGGAAUUCCGUCGGUUCGAUCUUCUGCCCGAGAAGGGUUGGGAGGUUGAUCUGGAGGGAGUCAAAGCUCUUGCAGAUGAGAACACUGUUGCUAUGGUUAUCAUCAACCCCGGCAAUCCUUGUGGCAAUGUCUUCACACACCAGCAUCUGAAGAAGGUGGCGGAAACUGCAAGAAUGCUCGGAAUUCUUGUGAUUGCUGAUGAAGUAUAUGGGCACCUUGUUUUUGGGAGUAACCCUUAUGUGCCAAUGGGAGUUUUUGGGUCGAUUACGCCUGUUAUUACACUUGGAUCUAUAUCAAAGAGAUGGAUUGUUCCUGGUUGGAGACUUGGUUGGCUUGUGACAAAUGAUCCUAAUGGCAUCCUCUGCAAAUCCGGGGUUGUGGAAACCAUUGUGAGUUCUCUCAAUAUUUGUACUGACCCGGCAACCUUCAUUCACGGGGCUGUUCCUCAAAUCAUUGAGAAAACAACAGAUGAUUUCUUCUCAAGAAUUAUUGGCUUACUCCGAAAAACUGCGGACAUAUGUUUUGAUGGACUUGCAGAUAUCCCCUGCAUUACUUGCCCACACAAGCCAGAAGGAGCCAUGUCGGUAAUGGUGAAUCUAAAUGUGUCUCUACUAGAAGACAUUGAGGAUGAUAUGGAUUUCUGUGUGAAGCUGUCUAAAGAGGAAUCCGUAAUUAUUUUGCCCGGUUUUACUGUGGGAAUGGAGAAUUGGCUUCGUAUAACUUUUGCCACUGAGCCACCCUCCCUUGAAGAUGGGCUUGGCAGGAUCAAAGCCUUCUGCCAGAGGCAUGCCAAGAAGCAGUAAGACUUAAAAUUGCCAUCAAGACACUAAAAAGAAGGGGUCAUGACUCAUG